AUGCCUUCACCACGCACUUCGCCUGCCAUGCGGCCCACCUCACCCCUCUCUCCCGGAGCAUACAAGCCCUCACCUGCUGCCGGCCAAUAUUUCGACUUGCUGCAACCUCCGCAACGCCCACCUCACUCGCGCUCUAACAGCAAUCACCAACUUUCUCCACAUGCACAACCACAACCACAUCAACCACAUCAACCACAUCAACCACAUCAACAACAACAACAACAGCACCGUCACAACCGCUCUCUCCGCUUACCAUCUUUCUCACUUCCGCGAUUCCAUCCCAGUCGCUUCCCCUCUGCAACCAGCAGUGUCCAAUCGACUCCCGAUGGAAACUCCCACUCCUCCUCCCCUCAACCACCCAUGUCCCCGCGGGCAUAUCAGAGAAUGUACAACGACGCCCAGAAGCAGCUCUAUUUCAAUCAACACCAACUCUUUGUCGUUGCCACUGCUACUGCCGCCGCUGCCACUUCUGCUGGUCGACCCACGAGUCCACGCCUCGCACCUCUGGGCAGUCCUGGUCCCGUGACACCAUUGGAACUCGAGAGGGAUGAAGGUUAUCUGGUGGCAGGUGCUCGCAAUGUGACUCAUUCGACGACUACUUCUACUGCUACUGCUGCUGCUGCUGCUGUUGCUGUUGCUGCAACUACUCCUUCGGACCUGGCGGAUAAGAUGGUUCAGGCGGAAGUGGCGAGGCAGACUACGGGGUAG